CUAGCUAUAUCUAUUCUUGAAUCACAAGAUUGUUUACUAGCUGAUUGUUUUAUCGGUCUAGUUCAUUUGGGAGCAGAAAUUAAGAAACUUCCAAAGAAUGAUUAUCAUAGUUUUCGUCAACAAACAAUUACAAUAUUUAAUAGAAGAUUUGCAGAGUUUGAUGAUAAUACAUAUAUUUUAUAUUUUAUUUUACAUCCUAGAUAUACUGGCAAAGUUGAAAAUAUGCAAAAGCUUUCUGUUUUUUAUCUUGCAAAUUCAAAAAAAAAAUUAUCUUAUUUUUCUUCUAAUAUUAAAAUUUUGUAUGAAGCAUUAUCGAAUAUAAAUUUUUAUGAAAAUGAUUAUGACUACAAUAAAGAGCCUUGUAAUGAAGAAAGACUAGCGAAUGAAGUAAGACUAAUAAAUGAAAAAAAACUAGCAAAUGAAGAAAGACUCGCAAAUGAACAAAGACUAGUGAAUGAAAGAAGACACCUGAAUAAAGAAAAACUAGCAAAUGAAGCUCUACUAGAAGAAAAAAUUUUUAAAAUUGAGGAAUUAUUGAAUCUUGAUGCAGCUGAUUUUACAAAUAAUUUAGCUGAAAUAAUCGUUAAUACUAAUUUAGAAUUUUCUGAUAAGGCAAAUAUUUUUGUUCAGGAUAAUAAUACAGAAAAUAAUAAGGAGGAUUGGGAUCCUAAAAAGGAGGUUGAUGCAUUAUUAAACUAA